AUGUCCAGAUCUGCCAUCGAAUCUUCCAUCAAAUUCUUCAUCGAAUCCGCUGUCGAAUCCUUCAUCGAAUCCUUCAUUGAAUCCGCUGUCGAAUCCUUCAUCGAAUCCGCUGUCGAAUCCGCCAUCGAAUCCGCUGUCGAACCCUUCAUCGAUUCCGCCGUUGACUCCAUCAAAUCCAUCUCCAAUUCGAAGCAGUUCAAUACCUCAAUUUGGUGA